AUGUCGAAGGAUCUUGGCCCAGCCCUGGAGAAGGGGAUCUGGGCCGCGGUGAUCAUCGCCGCGGUGAUCGUCUUUUUACGAGUCUUUGCUAAGAUUAAAAUCAAACGGUUUGGCUUCGACGAUGCCUUGAUGAUCCUCGCCGAGCUUUUGGCGAUCGCUUCAACCGUCUUCUUGACAUUGUGCGUGAGACAUGGCUUUGGCAAGGAUCUCACAACCCUCCCUCGGAUUGAUCAGGAAUUGGUCUUGAAAUACAUUGCCAUCCAGGUCCCGAUCGUCACCUUCAGUACUACCUUCGCUCGCUCCGCAUUCAUUCUCUACAUUCUACCUCUCCUCGGUACAAACAAGAUAUACAAGGGCUUGCUAUGGGCAUUUAUGAUCAUUCAGCUUGCGGGCAAUAUCACCUCCGCUGUACUUCCCUUGAGUAUCUGUCGCAAUGUCGCUGCUCUAUGGGAUCCAGCUGUCGCUCUUUCAACCACUUGCGGUGAUUCAAACGCUAUCAUCAAGUUCGCCUACUUUUCCAACACAUUCAACUCGGCCACCGAUCUGUUCUUGGCCGUCUUUCCGGCUCUUGUGUUCUGGAAUCUUAAUUUGAAGCUCCGGAUCAAGGUCAGUCUGAUCGUUCUGCUCAGUCUGGGUAUUGUUGCAAUGAUCGCAUCUAUCAUCAAGACAACCAAACUCGACUCGAUUCCCAGUAUAACAAAUAUCGGUGCUAGCGGUGGCAUUGAGCUCAUCCGCUGGGGGUACAUCGAAAACACAAUCAUUAUUAUCACUUCCUCUAUCCCUUGCAUCCGACCCUUGAUCAUCUCCUCUGUUCGCAAGAUCUCCAGCGGCAAGUUCUCGCGCUCCUACGAACUCAGCGGUCCUUUCACCGGUCGCAAAACGAACCCAAACGAAACCAACCAGUCGCGACGCACACGCAAGUUCAAGCCUGAUCUGGAGAAUGGGAGUGUGGAUCACAUUUUACACCAAAGCGCGCAUACCAGCACCAGCGUCGGCGGCCAUCCGGACUCUCCUACUUUUGACGGUACUGGAAUUACGAAGCAGGUCGAGAUUUCUGUUUUCUCCGACGAGGAGCAGCUGCCUCAGUCUGUGAGGCAGCUUUGA